AGACCGCGGCGUUCGAUUGGAUGGCUAUGGCAGCCAAUCACAUAAAGAACUGGACACUCCUAAUUUGCAUAUUCUUUCCCGGCAAUGACGUAAACAACGUUUGGUCCAGUCAGAAGUGAGAAAAUCCUGAGCCUUCAUUUGAAUACCAAACGUACAAAUAGAGUUACUCCGAGCGCAGCGCUUUUCUGUUUGGAGAGAUACCCCCAUCAUGCCAGACCCGUCCAAGUCGGCUCCUGCUCCCAAGAAGGGCUCCAAGAAGGCAGUCACCAAGGCGCAGAAGAAGGACGGCAAGAAGCGCAAGCGCGGACGCAAGGAGAGCUACUCCAUCUACGUCUACAAGGUGCUGAAGCAGGUGCACCCCGACACCGGCAUCUCGUCCAAGGCCAUGGGCAUCAUGAACUCCUUCGUCAAUGACAUCUUCGAGCGCAUCGCCAGCGAGGCCUCCCGCCUGGCGCACUACAACAAGCGCUCCACCAUCACGUCCCGCGAGGUGCAGACGGCCGUGCGCCUGCUGCUGCCCGGUGAGCUGGCCAAGCACGCCGUGUCCGAGGGCACCAAGGCCGUCACCAAGUACACCAGCUCCAAGUGAGGCGCGCCCCGGCGCCCCGAACCCAAAGGCUCUUUUCAGAGCCACCCACAAGAUCCAGAAAGGGUUUUGAACACGGUUAAAGGUUAUGUAACCUAAUAUAUCCCCGUGCACCCUAGCCGUUGCCGGGUGCGGCCCCGUCUGAGUCGAGUGUGUGUGUGUGUGUGUGUGUGUGCGCGCGCGCGCGCGCGCUGGUAGAGAACGAGAAAAACUGCUCAUUAUAGAAAUCCUGUAAUGUUGGGAGGCGAUCAAGGACCCCCUCUCCACCCCCGCCUUCGCGCAAAGCUAUUAACACACUACGAAUCGAAGUAGGACUCUAGUUCCAAAUGUCUUUUAUAAGCAAGAGAUGCAUUCCUGGGUGUUGAAUGCUUGUGCCGGGUUCAAGGCCGGGUAGAACUGAGCUUGACGUGCGCCGUGCAGGUGAGGGAUGCGGGUCACCUCCCCCAAAAGGACCCGUGCCAACCUCCCCAUUCCUACCCGCACCCCAUGAGGUGAGGCCGGACGUGGCGCAAGACCGCGGGCUCUGAGGCCAUCAGUGUUGUCACGUUCGCCUGGCGGUGGUGCCUGGCCCUGCGUUCGCUUAAGACUUUUCUAUCCCCGGCUGGACCAGACAGACAUGUUUAGAUUUAAGCGAUGAGCAUUCCGGGAGGAUGUUUUCCUGGCAGGAUACUGCGAUGGCAGGAUGUUUGAUACCGAAUCGAACCACCGCGACAAAGCAGCGCUCUGCGCGCGGGAGCCGGAUGUGAUAAGCGACCCCAGCUGACGGUAGCUUUAACCUUUAUGGGAGUGGGGGUGGGGAAAGGGAUUAAUUUAGGAGGAAAAGAAUUCCCUUUUUCCGAGCAAAUGUAGCUACCUCCCUCUUCAGCCACAUUCUUUUCUGGGAAGUGUUAGCAACACAGAAUUCCCUUCCCCCCGCCUCCAAAUUCAUGGCAUUUACUUGGGGAGUGCCAUUUCGGCGCAGGAAAGCUCUUUGGCAUGAAAAGUGUUCAUUCUGGAAAGGGUAUCGUCUACCUUUUCUUGACUCGGCUUUUCUUGUGUAGGAAAACGAGAUUUCUAGUAAUUGCUUCCUCAAACCGUUGUGAAAAUUACAAGUAUUGAGCAUUUGUGUCACCGUUUCCAGUAGGGAAUAAAAAUUCAAUUAAGUUAAA